AUGUUAAGAAAAACGUUAAUAAAUAUAACACGCGCAAAUUUUCAGAUAAACAUAGUGAGAAAUGCACAGAAGCGUUAUCCAAAAGUAGAUAAAAAGUUACAGGCCGCUGCUGAAUCUUUGGCUGCUAGAGGGUUCCUUCGCCCCAACAAACCUUGGCAGCCACCAACUAACAUCAAUGAAACAAUUGAAAAAAUUUGUUCACAAUAUGGCCUGAAAUCAGAUUCCGAGUUCGAAAGUCUUGAAGUCAAAUUUAAUGUACUAAAAACAUGCUUUGAAGAGACUGGGCAUGGUGUACCCAACUCUUUGCUGCAUACAAUCGAAAAUGUUGAUAAUCUCCAAGAAUUUUAUGAAACCCCUGUUGAAGUACUAACUCCAUUUGAUGCAUUAAAAAAGAUGGACCUGCCAAAGAAUUUGCACAUACAAGAAGAUUAUGUUCGCUUUCAUCCUGAUAAAGAUACACUAUUUAAUGGACAAUCAGCCUUCCCAAAAAGCUCAACAAUUGUCUCCGGUCUAAAAACUAGAAGGAAAUAUGAGGGUUAUACUGCCAAGACAUAUUGGUCCUAAUUCACAAUAUAUGUGAGAGUCUGUUUUAUAAG